AUGGCUUCGGCUCCAGGCGCCGCGAGGCUAUGCAUGAUAGCAUGCCGCCGGUCGGCCCGACCGCAGCAACUGCCGCGGGUGCAGCAACUGCCGCGGGUGCAGCAACUGGGCCGACCAUGCGCAGUCUCGCACCGAGCUUUUAGCACGACGCCGGCGAGACGGGCCGACGACAAGGCCGGGAAGGAGAAGGAUGACGCGGACGCAGAGGCAUACCAGAAGCUGGAUCUGAAGACGAUGAACAAGGCAUUCGCUGAGACGGCGACCCCCGAAGGCCUGCGGCAGCUGGACGAGCUGGCCAAGAGCAACGGCUACGGCACCAUCGACGAAUUCUUAGAAUCGCGGCUACGGGAGGCGCCCGGCUGGGCGUCGGAGGACAGAGCGCUGGAGGAGGAGCUGUUCAAGGACGACCAGGGCGACAAGCCGAACAAGUCGUCGUUUUGGUUCGACGAGGAGGACCCCGAGACCAACACGGAGGAGCACGACGAGUUCGACGAGGACGACAUUACAUCAAUGGCGCACGGAAAGCUGGAGGAGGUUCGGGAGAUGAGACACUACGCCCGCCUUGCCGUCUGGGAGAUGCCGCUCCUUGCCAAGUUCGCGAAGCCAUUCGUGCCCCCGAAAGACAACGAGGUCCUGCGGUGGCGGUACACGACCUACAUGGGCGAGUCACAUCCGGCGGAGAAGAAGGUGGUGGUGCAGUUUGCGCCCGACGACCUCAAGCUGACGCCGGUGCAAACCGACAAGCUGCGGAAGCUGGCGGGCCCCCGGUACAACCCCGAGACGGAGCUGAUCAAGAUGAGCUGCGAGAGUUUCGAGCACCAGGCGCAGAACAAGCGGUACCUGUCGAACCUGGUCGACGACCUGAUCGCGGCGGCCAAGGACCCCAAGGACACGUUCGAGGACGUGCCGCUGGACCUGCGGCACCACCAAAUCAAGGCGAAACCUCGCUUCCCACAGGAGUGGCGUCUCACGGGCGAGCGACGGCUGCAGCUCGACGAGCAGCGGCAACGCGCGGCGCUCGAGGACAUGAAGAGGGCGGAGGGCGGGCUGCUGGUGGAUGGCAAGAAGGCCAUCGACGGGUACCUCAUGCAGAAGAUGGCAGAGGAGCAGGAGAAGCAGAAGGUGGCCGAGCUGGUGGCGGCUGCGCCCAAGGGCGGCAAGUCGUCGGGCGGCGCGAACCGAGCGCGGAGGUGA